AUGGCCGACAUCACUGUGCCAGUGGUACCAACCCGAAACAACCGACGCUUGUCUCACCUAAAGACCGACCUCAGAGCGCGCAACACACCACCAACGGAAGCGCUCUCGGACGACCUGAUCGAUGUUUGGGAGCAUGCAGUGACGCUAUUCCAAGGCAGCGAAUGGCAAGACGCUGCAGAAAACUUCCUCCAUCUGUCUCGCACGAUCGAGCAUGAAUUCUACAGUACAUCAUGCCUUAUCAAUGCUGCGAUCAUCUUCGCCAAGCUGGGAGACUAUUCCACAGCCUCGCACGUGCUUGAAGAUGCGAUGCCUGUGGACGAGCUGCUGGCUUUGACACUCUUCGUAACGGGACACAUUGAAUACCAACUGGAUGAGCUGCAGAAGUCACAGGAUUGCUUCACGGUCGCACUCUCUGCCAUGAGAAAUCCGGUCGAGGACUACCAUCGCUUCGGACUCGAUUUCACCUUGACAGUCUCACAAAUCCAAGAUAACCUCUGGGCAUGCGGCCAUGCCAUGGCUGGCGACCCAAGCGCAUUAACAUCUCUGCCGGCCGAGUGCAUUUUCCGAGCACCAGCACGAGCUGCUGAUCCUCUCACUCCUGCAUCUAAACGAAGCAGCUCGGCCGACAGCGCUCACAUGCCAGCUUUAUCAGAAGGCACCGUAACACCGCCUCAAACCCCUCUGUCUGGUGUGGAGAAGACCAUGGAAUAUGGUCCUGAUGGUCUUACCUGGCACAUCCAGGAGGACGGUUCCAUGAUCGCCGUUGAAGACGAUGCGCCGCCAUUGCCCUUCAAAAAACCGAGCACUGUCCAAAUGAUCGGCGGCUUGACACGCAGAUUGUCAACACAACGAAGACCCCCGAGCCCCUCCAAGCCGACAGGUAUCCCGCCGAAACGAAACAGGAGGGCAUUGUCUCCGCGAGAAGCUCGCGUGCAAGGCGACUCUAUCCAGGAGCUCGCCGAGUACAUUUCCGAUCUACCUCGCCAAAACCAGAUGGAUCCCCGCAGUGCCGAAGCUGAGCAUGAGGAUGUGGCCGAUCUCGCCAAUUUCCUCCGCGCUGGUCCCAGGCUUCAGCCGCUCAGUAUUCCUUCAAAGCCUCAGCAGUUUGCGGCCGGCUCAGCGGCCAGCUCGCUAUACUCUAGACCAGCCAGCAUUCAGUCUGCAGAUCUGUUGCCUUGGGAUAACAUGUCGACACGCUCCUCCUCGCCGUCGCCAUACCGAUAUCGCAGUGGCGUCGGCUCUUAUCUAGCACAUGGAUGCGUCCCAACAUCGGCACCUCGGUCCCGAGCGUCAAGCCGUUCGCCUUUGUCCAGAGAGGUGGAUAGCACUCCUGCACACGAGCAACCAUCGAAAAGCCUGCACCCGCCAAUGCACGACUCUACGAGCGGUAACAGCUNUGACACCUGGAAUCGCGGAGAGCCUCUCGAGCAUGUCUCUAUCGCGAGAAGGAAGCAUUAAAUCACUUCCAAAAGGAAAAUUCUUUUCGCCUUCGAAUUUGAUCCCCAAGAGGAAGUCGUCUUUGAUGCGUCCAGCUUUCUCAUUCACUAGGCCUGGAUCGUCGGGCGCCUCCAUCUCCUCCAAAAAGCCAGCGCCAUCUAUUAUGACCAACGGAACGAAGGAUUCAGUUGGAGGGGCGUUCCGCUUUCUGAAUGGAAUGGGCCAUGGUUGA